AUGCCUCAGUUUGGAGCAACAUUUUACCCUGGAGGCGUCGACGAUUACUAUAUGCCUGAAGUUCAAGUUCAUGCUCCAGCCCCUCAAAGGGUGAUGCCUGAAGUGCCACAGAAUAUGCAACAAGACCUUCAGCGCAUGGAACUCGAGGCCAGAUCAAUCGACUCAAGCAGAAUGAACUCAACUAUACCGACGGGUGCUGGCGCUAGACCAACUGGACAUGGCCGCGAACCUUCUUUGUCGUCUGUCUUGAACACAAACAUGGCGACCUAUGGACAACAAUAUCAAAAGAGCAAGCCCGGUAUGACGGAUUAUAGCCCUGCGUCGACUUACAGCCAGUCGAAUUACAGUCCUUUUCACGAAAGCGCUUCGACUUCUCUGCAGUUCGAUCGAAAGCUAAGAGACAUGCCGGCAGACAAACCUUCCUUCAGCCACUUUCCCAAGGUCACCGGCGAGCACAUACCGCCCAGCGACGACGAGAAGGAGAGCGUACUUGCUGAAAGCCGCGAUCAUGUCUUGCACUCCAACGACCCCAACAUGCAAAUUUGCUGGGCCCGCGAUGUGCUGGCCUACGUCGAAACUGCCGCUGAUGCGGCCACGCGCGAGUACGACCUUGUGAGAAAAUCCGGCGAUCGCGACCAAGGAAGACCAUCGACGCCCCGCAUCGAACAUGAUCUCCGAGUCGAUGCUACUAACAUUGUCAACUACCUGGCCGACCAGGGACACCCCGAGGCCAUGUUCAUUCGUAGCAAGUGGCUAGAGUUUGGAAAAUUUGGCAAGAGACAGGACAAGAAAGAGGCAUACAACGGCUACCUCAACGCAGCCAACAAUGGAUGGGGCCGUGCCGAGUACAGAAUCGGUAUGCUGUACGAAAACUCAAACGAUAUUGACAAGGCCUUGAGGCACUACGAGGCUGGACUCGAUCUGAGGGACUCGGCAGCGCUAUACCGGCUUGGAAUGAUCAGUCUCAUGGGCCAGCACGGUCAGCGCAAGGACAUUGCUAGAGGCCUGGACCUUAUCCGCCAAGCCGCCGAUUCUGCCGAUGAGGAUGCGCCUCAGGGUGCAUUCGUGUAUGGUAUGCUCAUUGCAAGAGACCUUCCCGACGUCGCGAUACCCGAGGGCAUUCUCUCUCCCGACAUCGCCGUAGCUCGCCAGUAUAUCGAAAAGGCAGCAUAUCUAGGUUUUGCAAAGGCGCAGCUGAAAAUGGGACAGGCAUAUGAGCUUUGUCAGUUAGGAUGCGAUUUCAACCCUGCAUUGUCGCUGCAUUACUACGGCCUGGCCGCACGACAAGGUCAGCCUGAGGCUUGUCUCGGUGUCAGUCGAUGGUUCCUUUUUGGCUACGAGGGAACAUUUGCCAAGAACGAACUGCUAGCUUACAAGUAUGCGCAACUCGCCGCGGCGGCUAAGCUCCCCACGGGCGAGUUUGCCAUGGGCUACUACAACGAGAUUGGUAUCCACGUCGAAAAGGACGUCAGAGAAGCGCGGAAAUGGUACGAGCUGGCUGCCGAGCAUGGCAACAAGGACGCUAUUGGACGUCUCGAGGGACUGAGUCACUCACAAGUCCUAUCCAAGAAGGACCAUGAGACUACGACGUUGACUAGGAUCAAGUCGACUCACGGUUCUCAGCGUGGAAAGAGGCCUGAUCGUUUCAACAAGCCUGUGGGCGGGAUGCCAGCGCUCAGUGAAGACUCUCCUCGGGGGUCUCCUAGGGUGUCGCCCCAGCCUUCGCCUAGACAGGCCGAAUUUGGUGGCUCAAACAUGCCCAGUGGCGGCAGACAGCCAGCAUUCGGUAUCAACCUUGCCGAGAGGCCAAAGUCGUCAGUGGUACCGUACCCCGAAGACAACAAGCCAACGCCUCUCAACCUGGCAGCACGGCCGAGGUCGACUGCACCGUAUCCCGAAGACGACGUGGCAGGUGGCAAGCCGCAGCUCUCACCUCAUUACAACCCAAACAUCCGCCCCUCGGCAGACAGACCCGGCAGCUCCUUUGGCAUUCGCACGCAGUCACCUUCCGGCCACCAAGGGCCACCAGGACCUGCCUCGCGUGGCCCGCAAGGUGGUCAGCUCGGCAUCCCUCCUGCCGGCAUGGACCCGCACCAGGGCCGCUCAGUGUCAGCUGCUGCUGGCUACGGGCCUCAAGGACCUGGAGGCUACAGACAGACGGGCCCAUAUGGUGGCCAUCCCAACCAGGACUAUAACCGCCCCGUUUCCGCCCAGUAUCCUGGGCAUGGCGGUCCAGCACCCAACAACCCGGCACACAACCGCCUGACCAAGACAAACCCCAACCCGGCAUACCCAGCACACGGAACACCUCCGCCUGGCCAGUACCCGCCGGGUGGCUACGGUCCUGGUGGUGGUCAGUAUGGCCCGCGCAAUUCAUCUCGUCCUACCUCCUCUCAUCAGGAUCCAUACGGUGGCCGUGCGCCGUCCGCUGGCUCAGGCGCGUCGACCCCAACCAUGAGCGGCGGGAUGGGCCCGCCUCGUGCCGAUGCUUAUGGAAGGCCUGGACUUCCCUCGGGCGGACCUGCUGGAUCACGGCCCGGUAGCGCGCGACCUUCUGGCUACGACUCGCCCGCUCAAGGAGGCGGACGAUCCAGUGCACCCCCCGCAAGGCCGGGCGUCGCAUCUCCUGCGCCAAGCGCUGCUUCUGCGCAAACUGCCCCGGCAGCACCAGCACCAGCACCAGCACCAGCACCUGCGCCUGCACCGGCCAAGCAGGGGCCAGCGACAUUUGAGGCAAUGGGUAUUCCCCAGGCCAAGAAAGACGAUGAAUGCGUUGUGAUGUAA